AUGGAGCAGGUGGUGGGCGUGCUGGGCAUCGAGGACUACUCGGUCAGCCAGACCACACUGGACAACGUGUUUGUGAACUUUGCCAAGAAGCAGAGCGACAACCUGGAGCAGCAGGAGACGGAGCUGCCCUCGGCCCUGCAGUCCCCGCUGGGCCGCCUGCUCAGCCUGUUCCGGCGCCGGCCCGCCCCCACCGAGCUGCGGGCGCUGAUGGCCGAUGAGCCCGAGGACCUGGACACGGAGGACGAGGGCCUCAUCAGCUUCGAAGAGGAGCGGGCCCAGCUCUCCUUCAACACGGACACGCUCUGCUGA